AUGUCAAGCGUUAGACUCUCUCACCGAAAAACCCUAAAAAAAAAAAAUUUAAUAGUAACUAUCGCGUCAAACCAAUCUCCUCCCUACGAAACCAAUCUUCUUCAAAGGUAUGGUAAUAUGAAUCAAGCUGUAGUUUCUACCGGUUCUCUUCCACCUUCAACAACAACUCAAAUAACAACUCCAACAACUAAUGAUUCAAAAUUUGAAUAUAUUGAUGCUUUACCUGAUAAUACCGUACACCAAUUUAAAGCCAUCUUAGUUCACUAUAUUCGCAAAAGAUUACCAAAAGGAUAUAGGCAAUUAGGAAAACAAACAGUUUCUAUUCCCGCUACUGAAAGUCAGUUUUAUGCAGUAUUUAAAAACUAUAUACAUUACUACUACUCUGCUACAAAGGGUAUUUACAAGUGUAUAUUUCGUGGAGGUUCAUCAAAUCAAAUAUUAGCAAAUAUUCUAGAGAUGGAAGGUUGGGAGACUAAAUUUUACGAUCAACUGCAAUGUACUUAUGUUGUACUUUGUGAUGAUGACAAUAAUAUUGAAGAUGGGGACGAAAAUCCUAUUACAGCUGCAUUAACUUAUGAAACAAUUAAAAAAUUACGCAAACCAAAAUGCGUACGUGGUCAAUUAGUAGUAGAAUGGAAAAAACAAAAAAAUACUGAUUUUAAUGGUAAUUUCACUCACGCAGGUCACAUUUAUUUUCAUUUUUACAAUAGCCAGGCUAUGAUUGAAUAAAAUAGAUUAUUUGAUCACGAAAAAAACAGUAUCAAAGUAUAUUAAGCAUUUUCAUUCUAAUUAUUUUCAGCUUUAAUAUGA